GCUGAGGGUAGCCCAGGAUGGCUGCAGCUUCCUAUGAUCAGUUGUUAAAGCAAGUUGAGGCAUUAAAGAUGGAGAACUCCAACCUUCGGCAAGAGCUAGAGGAUAACUCAAAUCACCUAACAAAACUGGAAACUGAGGCAUCUAAUAUGAAGGAAGUGCUGAAACAGCUACAAGGAAGUAUUGAAGAUGAGGCAAUGGCAUCUUCUGGACAAAUUGACUUACUGGAACGACUUAAAGAACUGAAUUUGGAAAGUACCAACUUCCCUGGAGUGAAGUUAAGGCCAAAGGUGUCCGUGCGUUCAUAUGGGAGCCGGGAAGGGUCUGUGUCAAGCCGUUCAGGAGAGUGCAGUCCUGUUCCCAUGGGAUCAUUUCCAAGAAGAGGAUUUAUGAAUGGAAGCAGAGAAAGCACUGGUUACUUAGAAGAGCUAGAAAAAGAGAGGUCUCUUUUGCUUGCGGAGCUUGAGAAGGAAGAGAAAGAAAAAGACUGGUAUUACGCCCAGCUUCAGAACCUGACUAAAAGAAUUGAUAGUCUCCCCCUUACUGAAAAUUUCUCCCUGCAAACAGAUAUGACCAGAAGGCAGCUGGAGUAUGAGGCAAGGCAAAUCAGAGCUGCAAUGGAAGAACAACUAGGUACUUGUCAGGACAUGGAGAAGCGAGCGCAGGCGAGGGUGGCAAGAAUUCAACAAAUAGAGAAGGACAUUCUUCGUAUACGACAGCUCCUGCAAUCACAAGCAGCUGAAGCAGAGAGAGCUCCUCAAAGCAAGCACGAUGCAGGUUCCCAUGAAACAGAGAGGCAGAACGAAGGUCAAGGAGCAGCAGAAAGCAGCAUGGCAACUAGCAGUGCUGGUCAGGCUUCUGCUGCUCGGAUGGACCACGAGACAGCCAGUGUUAUGAGCUCUAGUAAUAACUAUUCUGUUCCUCGCAGACUGACAAGUCAUCUGGGUACCAAGGUAACCGAAGAUUACAAACCACAGGUGGAAAUGGUGUAUUCAUUAUUAUCAAUGCUUGGUACUCAUGAUAAAGAUGACAUGUCAAGAACGUUGCUAGCAAUGUCUAGCUCCCAAGACAGCUGCAUAGCCAUGCGUCAGUCUGGAUGUCUUCCUCUCCUCAUCCAGCUUUUACAUGGCAACGAUAAAGACUCUGUCUUGUUAGGAAACUCUCGUGGUAGUAAAGAGGCCCGUGCUAGAGCCAGCGCAGCGCUGCAUAACAUCAUUCACUCCCAGCCUGAUGAUAAACGAGGCAGACGGGAAAUCCGCGUGCUCCAUCUCUUGGAGCAGAUCCGUGCUUACUGUGAAACGUGUUGGGAAUGGCAGGAAGCGCACGAGCAAGGCAUGGACCAAGACAAAAACCCAAUGCCUGCUCCAGUGGAUCAUCAAAUCUGUCCCGCAGUGUGUGUUCUGAUGAAACUUUCAUUUGAUGAAGAACACAGGCAUGCGAUGAAUGAGCUUGGAGGUUUGCAGGCCAUUGCUGAACUGUUGCAAGUGGAUUGUGAAAUGUAUGGACUUACAAAUGAUCACUACAGUGUUACCUUAAGGAGGUAUGCUGGAAUGGCUCUGACAAACUUGACUUUUGGAGAUGUGGCAAACAAGGCUACAUUAUGUUCUAUGAAGGGCUGCAUGAGAGCUCUUGUAGCCCAACUGAAAUCUGAAAGUGAAGACUUACAGCAGGUCAUUGCGAGUGUGUUGAGGAACUUGUCCUGGCGAGCAGAUGUAAACAGUAAAAAGACUCUAAGAGAAGUUGGAAGUGUGAAAGCGUUGAUGGAAUGUGCUUUAGAAGUUAAGAAGGAAUCCACCCUAAAAAGUGUUCUGAGUGCCUUAUGGAAUUUGUCAGCACACUGUACUGAGAACAAAGCUGAUAUAUGUGCUGUUGAUGGUGCUCUUGCAUUUCUAGUCGGCACACUGACAUACCGGAGCCAAACAAACACUUUAGCCAUCAUAGAAAGCGGAGGAGGAAUAUUAAGAAAUGUUUCUAGCUUAAUUGCUACUAAUGAGGACCACAGGCAAAUCUUGCGAGAGAACAGCUGCUUACAAACCUUGUUACAACACUUGAAGUCACACAGUUUAACAAUAGUCAGUAAUGCAUGCGGGACCCUGUGGAAUCUUUCUGCACGAAAUGCGAAGGAUCAGGAGGCACUGUGGGACAUGGGAGCCGUCAGCAUGCUGAAAAAUCUCAUUCACUCAAAACACAAAAUGAUAGCCAUGGGUAGUGCUGCAGCUCUAAGAAACCUCAUGGCAAACAGGCCAGCAAAAUACAAGGAUGCCAACAUUAUGUCUCCAGGAUCAAGCUUACCGUCUCUUCAUGUCAGGAAACAAAAGGCACUGGAAGCAGAAUUAGAUGCUCAGCAUUUAUCAGAGACUUUUGACAACAUUGAUAAUUUAAGUCCGAAAGCAUCUCACCGUAAUAAGCAGAGACAUAAGCAAAAUAUAUACAGUGAAUAUGUCUUGGACUCCAGUCGGCAUGAUGAUGGUAUGUGCAGAUCAGAGAGUUUUAAUGCUGGUAAUGUGACUGUACUUUCACCAUAUUUAAAUACUACAGUAUUGCCUGGCUCCUCCUCUUCCAGUAGAGGAAACCUAGAAAGUACUCGAUCUGAGAAAGACAGAAGUCUUGAUAGGGAUCGAGCAGUAGGCUUAAAUACCUAUCAUCCAGCUGCAGAGAAUACUGGGAACUCCUCUAAGAGAAUAGGAAUGCAGAUUUCUACCGCUGCAGCUCAGAUCGCCAAAGUUAUGGAAGAAGUAACAAGCAUGCAUAUUCCACAGGAAGACAGAAGUUCUGGUUCCACUUCAGAAAUGCACUGUUUGACAGAAGACAGAAAUGCCCCAAGGAGAUCUGCCACUGCCCAUACUCACUCAAAUACAUACUUUCCUAAAUCUGAGAAUUCAAACAGGACAUGCCCUGUGCCUUACACAAAAAUGGAAUACAAGAGAGCUUCAAAUGAUAGUUUAAAUAGUGUCAGCAGCAGCGAUGGCUAUGGUAAAAGAGGCCAGAUGAAACCUUCCAUUGAAUCUUAUUCUGAAGAUGAUGAAAGUAAAUUUUGUAGCUAUGGUCAAUAUCCAGCUGACUUGGCACAUAAGAUUCAUAGUGCAAAUCAUAUGGAUGACAAUGAGGGAGAGCUAGACACUCCUAUUAAUUAUAGUCUUAAAUACUCAGAUGAACAGUUAAAUUCUGGAAGGCAAAGUCCCUCUCAGAAUGAAAGAUGGGCAAGGCCUAAGCAUAUAAUAGAUGAUGAAAUGAAACAAAACGAACAAAGGCAGUCAAGGAGCCAAAAUACAACCUACCCUGUCUACACUGAAAGUGGAGAUGAUAAACACAUGAAAUACCAGUCACCUUUUGGACAGCAAGAGUGCGUUCCUUCCUUUAGAUCAAGGGGAUCCAAUGGUUCAGAUCAGAACAGAGUAGGCUCAGCUCUUGGAAUGAAUCAGAAAGUAAACCAGUCCUUGUGCCAGGUUGAUGAUUAUGAUGAUGAUAAGCCAACCAAUUACAGUGAACGUUACUCUGAGGAGGAACAACAUGAAGAGGAAGACAGACCAACUAAUUACAGCAUAAAGUACAAUGAAGAGGAACAUCAUGUUGAUCAGCCUAUCGAUUAUAGUUUAAAAUACUCAACAGAAGUUCCUCCUUCUUCUCAGAAGCCAUCUUUUACUUUUUCAAAGACUUCUUCAGUGCAGAGCACUAAAACUGACCAUAUUUCCUCAAGCAGUGGGAACACAUCAGCCCCCUCAGCUGGUUCAAAGAGGCAGAAUCAGCUUCACCCAAAUUCUGCACAGAGCAGAGGCGGUCAUACACAAAAGACUGCCUCCUGUAAAACUCCCUCUAUUAAUCAGGAAACUAUACAAACUUACUGUGUGGAAGAUACCCCAAUAUGUUUCUCAAGGUGUAGCUCUUUGUCAUCUUUGUCAUCAGCUGAAGAUGAAAUAGGACGUGAUCAAUCCACACGUGUGACGGAUGCUAAUAACACACUUCAGAUAGCAGAAUUAAAGGAAAACAGUGGGGCUCUAUCUACAGAAGGUGCAGUAAGUGAAAUCACAUCAACAUCACAACACAUCAGAACAAAAUCCAGCAGACUUCAGACUUCUAGUUUAUCUCCUUCUGACUCCUCCAGACAUAAAGCUGUUGAAUUUUCUUCAGGUGCCAAAUCUCCCUCAAAGAGUGGUGCACAGACUCCUAAAAGCCCACCAGAACAUUAUGUGCAGGAAACACCACUCAUGUUCAGCAGAUGUACUUCUGUAAGUUCCCUGGAUAGUUUUGAAAGCCGUUCCAUUGCUAGUUCAGUUCAAAGCGAGCCUUGCAGUGGAAUGGUAAGUGGUAUUAUAAGUCCCAGUGACCUUCCAGACAGCCCAGGACAAACAAUGCCUCCAAGCAGAAGUAAAACACCACCUCCUGCUCAAGGAGUUCAAGUAAAAAGGGAUGCAGCUAAAGGUAAAGUAGCUAGUGCAGAAAAGAGAGAGCCUGGUCCUAGACAGGCAGCUGUAAAUGCAGCUGUCCAAAGAGUUCAGGUACUGCCCGAUGCUGAUACGCUCUUACAUUUUGCCACAGAAAGCACACCAGAUGGGUUUUCUUGCUCUUCUAGCCUGAGCGCUCUGAGUCUUGAUGAACCGUUUAUACAGAAAGAUGUAGAGUUAAGAAUAAUGCCUCCGGUUCAUGAAAACGAACAUGGAAACGAAGCGGAACCUGAACAGUCAGAUGAUACAAAGGAUAACCAAGAGAAGAAAGUGGAGAAGCCUAACGAAACAGAAAAAGACAUUCUGGACGAUUCUGAUGAUGAUGACGAUAUUGAAAUAUUGGAAGCAUGUAUUAUUUCUGCAAUGCCAACAAAGUCGUCACGUAAAACCAAAAAGCCUUCUCAAGCAUCUGCUCCAAAAAUACCUCCUCCUGUGGCCAGAAAGCCCAGCCAAUUGCCAGUUUACAAACUUUUGCCUUCACAAAGCAGAUUGCAAUCCCAAAAGCAUGUGAGUUUUACCCCAGGAGAUGAUAUGCCAAGGGUAUAUUGUGUUGAGGGUACACCAAUAAAUUUUUCAACAGCUACAUCUCUGAGUGAUCUGACAAUAGAAUCACCCCCAAGUGAGUUGGCCAAUGUAGACAGUGUGGGUGCAGGAGCCGAGUCAGGGGAAUUUGAAAAGCGAGACACCAUUCCUACCGAAGGCAGAAGUACCGAUGACUCUCAGAGAGCAAAAAGCUCAACUGUGACUCCCCCAGGCCUGGAUGAUGACAGAACAGAAGAGGGUGAUAUUCUAGCUGAGUGCAUUAACUCAGCUAUGCCAAAAGGAAAAAGUCAUAAGCCUUUCAGAGUGAAGAAGAUAAUGGAUCAAAUUCAACAAGCAUCUUCAUCUCUAAGUAAUAAAAACCAACCAGAAGGUGAGAAAAAGAAGCCAACAUCACCAGUGAAGCCUGUUCCCCAAAAUAAUGACUACAGAGCACGUAUAAGAAAAACCACAGAGCCUAAAAGCAAUAUUAAUAAUGAAAGAAGCUAUCCAGAGACCAGAGAUGCAAAGAAACAGAAUCUUAAAAAUCAUUCAAGAGAUUUUAGUGACAAAUUGCCAAAUAAUGAGGAGCGUGUAAGAGGAAGCUUUGCAUUUGAUUCCCCUCAUCAUUACACACCUAUUGAGGGAACUCCUUAUUGUUUUUCACGGAAUGAUUCCCUAAGUUCUUUAGAUUUUGACGAUGAUGAUGUUGACCUUUCAAGGGAGAAGGCAGAAUUAAGAAAAGGAAAAGAAGCAAAGGAAACAGAAACUAAAGACUGCACAAAUCCAGAACAGUCUUCAAAUCAGCAGCCGAGUAACAGGACACAAGUUUGUCAAAAACACCCAACAGGCAGAAGCCAGACUAAAACUUUCUCUCAGUCAACUAAAGAUAUUCCAGACAGAGGAGCAGCUACAGAUGAGAAAAUGCAGAAUUUUGCUAUCGAAAACACACCUGUUUGUUUUUCUCGCAAUUCAUCUCUUAGUUCCCUCAGUGAUAUCGAUCAAGAAAACAACAACAACAAAGAAGGGGAACCUGCUAAACGUACUGAGGCUCCUGAUUCACAGAUGGAUUCAAACAGGCCACAGACUUCUGGUUACGCACCUAAAUCAUUUCAUGUCGAAGAUACUCCAGUAUGUUUCUCUAGAAACAGCUCUCUGAGUUCCCUUAGUAUUGACUCAGAAGAUGAUCUUCUGCAGGAGUGCAUUAGUUCUGCUAUGCCUAAAAAGAAAAAACCCUCAAGAAUAAAGAGUGAAAGUGAAAAAAAUAAUUCCAGAAAUACAGGUGGUAUAUUGGCAGAAGAUUUAACACUGGAUUUGAGAGAGAUACAGAGGCCAGAUUCAGAACAUGGUUUCUCACCUGAUUCAGAGAACUUUGAUUGGAAAGCUAUACAAGAAGGUGCAAAUUCUAUAGUUAGUAGCUUGCAUCAAGCUGCGGCUGCUGCAUCGCUGUCUAGACAAGCUUCAUCAGACUCUGAUUCUAUCCUUUCUUUAAAGUCUGGUAUUUCUCUAGGGUCACCAUUUCAUCUUACCCCAGACCAAGAAGAAAAGCCUUUCACUAGUAAUAAAGGCCCAAGAAUUCUUAAGCCAGGAGAGAAGAGUACACUGGAGUCUAAAAAAAUAGAAUCUGAAAGUAGGGGAAUCAAAGGAGGGAAGAAAGUUUAUAAAAGUAUAAUUACAGGAAAAGCUCGCUCCAAUUCAGAAGUUUCAAGCCAGUUGAAGCAACCACAACAGACAAAUGUGCCUUCGAUUUCACGUGGUAGGACAAUGAUCCAUAUUCCAGGAGUCCGAAAUAGUUCUUCAAGUACUAGUCCUGUUUCCAAAAAAGGCCCCCCACUCAAAAACACAAACUCCAAGAGUCCCAGUGAAGGCCAAAGUUUGACUAGUUCUCCAAGAGGAGUCAAGUCAUCAGUGAAACCUGAGCCAGCUCCUGUAACCAGGCAACCAUCAGGCUUGAACCAGAGUGGAUCAAGUAAAGGACCUUCUAGAUCAGGAUCUAGAGACUCCACUCCUUCUAGACCUCAACAGCAGCCAUUAAGUAGGCCUCUGCAGUCUCCUGGCCGAAACUCAAUUUCGCCAGGAAGAAAUGGUAUAAGUCCUCCCAACAAACUGUCUCAGUUGCCAAGGACAUCAUCUCCUAGCACAGCUUCAACUAAAUCUUCAAGUUCAGGUAGAAUGUCAUAUACAUCACCAGGCAGACAGAUAAGCCAGCAAAACCUUACAAAGCAAACUGCCUUGCCUAAGAGUACCAGUAGCAUUCCACGAAGUGAGUCUGCUUCAAAAGGGUUAAACCAAGCUCUCAGCACUGGUGGAUCAAACAAAAAGACUGAACUGUCCAGAAUGUCAUCCACAAAAUCUAGCGGAAGUGAAUCUGACAGAUCCGAGAGACCUGUUCUCGUUCGUCAGUCAACUUUUAUUAAAGAAGCUCCGAGCCCAACUCUAAGACGGAAAUUAGAAGAGUCGGCUUCAUUUGAAUCUCUCUCUCCUUCCAGGCUGGAUUCUCCUACAAGAUCCCAACUACAGACCCCAGUUUUAAGUCCAUCUCUUCCUGAUAUGUCUUUAUCCACUCAUUCAACUGCCCAGUCUAGUGGUUGGCGAAAAUUACCUCCUAAUCUGAGCCCUUCUGUAGAAUAUGACGGGAGACCAGCAAAACGUCAUGAUAUAGCUCGUUCUCAUUCUGAGAGUCCAUCUAGAUUGCCAAUCAAUAGAUCAGGAACAUGGAAGCGUGAGCAUAGUAAGCAUUCCUCAUCACUUCCUCGUGUAAGCACUUGGCGAAGAACUGGAAGUUCCUCCUCAAUUCUGUCAGCUUCUUCGGAAUCCAGUGAAAAGGCAAAAAGUGAAGAUGAAAAGCAACAUGGAAGUUCUCUUUCUGGACACAAGCAAAGUAAAGAAAGCCAAGCACCAGCAAAAGGUACUUGGAGAAAAAUAAAAGAAAAUGAGAUUCCUCAGAUAAUGAAUGAUCCUCAGCAUUCUUCCUCGGGUGCCACAAAUGGCUCGGAUUCCAAAACUCUCAUCUACCAGAUGGCACCGGCUGUCUCUAAGACAGAGGAUGUGUGGGUGAGGAUAGAGGACUGCCCAAUUAACAAUCCUCGAUCUGGAAGGUCCCCAACUGGAAAUACUCCCCCUGUUAUUGACAGUGUUUCAGAAAAAGGGGGUGUGAAUGGUAAAGAUGCUAAAGAGAUUCAAGAAAAACAAAUCCCGGGGAAUGGAGGUGUUCCUGUUCGUACCGUUGGUUUAGAAAACCGUCUGAACUCUUUCUUUCAGAUAGACAGUCCAGACAAGAAAGGCACUGAAACAAAACCCCUGCAGAUUAAUCCUGCUCCUGCACCAGAAAAUAAUGAAAGUACUGUAAGUGAGCGUACGCCAUUCAGUUCCAGUAGCUCAAGCAAACAUAGCUCCCCCAUUGGUGCUGUUGCAGCAAGAGUGACUCCUUUCAACUACAACCCAAGCCGCAGGAAGAGUAGCGUGGACAAUAGUUCUGCUCGGCCAUCACAAAUACCAACACCAGUCAAUAACAGCACGAAGAAACGUGACUCCAAGUCUGAAAAUCCAGACUCCAGUGGAACUCAGAGUCCUAAACGUCACUCUGGCUCUUACCUGGUAACUUCUGUUUAAGUGCAACAAAAAAGAAAUAAAACUGAUGUAUUAUAUACAGCAGCUAUUUAGACAUUUUGUUUCGAAUGAAACUAAAAAAUUGGGGAUCGACUUUUUUGUUGUUUUUAUUUGUUGUAAAUAGGUCUGAUUCUUGUUAGAGGGUCCUUGUUCUGGAAGCCAUAUUUGAUAGUAUACUUUGUCUUCACUGGUAAUAUUUUGGAGGAAUACCCGAUUGACAGUUUGGAAUAAAAUUGCUAACACAAGUAUAUUUGUACAGUAUGUUUAACAUGUAUUUAAUUAGCAUCCCAUCCCGUAAUCCUUUAAAUAUUGCUUGUUGUUGAAAUCAUGCAAUACUGCAGAUAAAGAUGAUACAGUCAUAUUGCUUUAUCAAUAAUUUCUAGAUUACAGACUGACUAAACUACAUCAGGGAAGAAUUGGUAUUAUUUAUGCAAAAAAGUAUACUCAGUUUUAGUAUUCAUGAGUCCAUCUAACCCAAUAAUUAAUCAUGUGGCUGUGAAAUUCACAGUAAUAUGGUUUCUGCUGAACAAGCUUUCCCAGCCUGCUUUUCUGCAUGAAUGGAACUGAUGGUUCAUUUUCUGAAGUAAUGAUUAACAUUUCUGUGGUCACAUAAUGUGCAUAGAUAGUUAUGGUGUAACAAUUUACACUUUCUUUGUGCUCUGGAGAAAAAAAAAAAACCCAAACAAAAAAAACUAAAUGAAAACUGUGUAACUGUAAAACCUUGAACAAAAAUAUUUUACCUGAAUUAGAUUUUAUCUCAAAGUAGGUAGAAUUUUUUUGCUAUGCUGUAACUUGUUGUAUAUUCUGGUAUUUGAGGUGAGAUGGCUGCUCUUUUAUUAAUGAGACAUGGGUGAUGUCUCAACAGAGACUAAAAUGAACAUUUCAGAAUAAAUUAUUACUAUAUGUAAGUUGUGUGUGUUACUUCUGCAUUACAUGAAAGUACAGUAUUUUAUUUUGAGAUGUCACCAUAUAAUGUGUUGUAUAAUGCACUUACACUUAAGGCCCGAUCCAGCAGAAUCUUGCACCUCCAGUAUUCGUUCUUCCGUAUCACUGACAACGGCUGUCGUAGGAUGCUUAAACAGUUGCAGGAUCAGGCCCUAGGGUCUUCUGUAAUAUAUUAGUAAUUGAGGCAGUUUCACACAUCUCAGGUGCAUAACAAGGCUAAAGGCAGGGUAUUCCCAGUAGCCAAGCAGUUUAAUUGUUUCUGUGACUGCAAGCCUGAAACAAUAUUGUAUGUAUAAAAAUAGUAUUUGUAAAACAAAGUUGUUUUUUAAUUG